GACCGCUCCGCCUUCGACACCGACGUGAUUUCCAUGACCCGCCUCGUGAUGGAGGAAGGGCGGCGCGCCAGGGGCACCGGCGAGUUCACCCAGCUCCUCAACUCCCUCUGCACCGCCGUCAAGGCCAUCUCCAGCGCCGUGCGCAAGGCCGGCAUCGCCAACCUCUAUGGAAUUGCUGGUUCUACCAAUGUGACAGGAGACCAAGUGAAGAAGCUGGAUAUCCUUUCCAAUGAUCUCGUGAUUAAUAUGCUCAAGUCAUCCUUCAGCACCUGUGUUAUCGUAUCAGAAGAAAAUAAAGAUGCUAUAAUAGUAGAAGCUGAAAAAAGGGGUAAAUACAUAGUCUGCAUAGACCCUCUAGAUGGCUCCUCUAACAUUGACUGCCUUGUUUCCAUUGGGACCAUCUUUGGCAUCUACAAAAAGGUAUCCCCUGAUGAACCUUCUGGGAAAGAUGCUUUACAAUCUGGGCGUAACCUUGUGGCAGCUGGUUAUGCUCUCUAUGGGAGUGCCACAAUGCUAGUACUGGCUACUUCUGCUGGAGGUGUCAACUGCUUUAUGCUUGAUCCGGCAAUCGGAGAAUUCAUUUUGGUGGAUAGGGAUGUGAAAAUCAAAAAGAAGGGAAAUAUCUACAGUCUCAAUGAGGGCUAUGCUAAAUAUUUUGAUCCUGCAGUCACAGACUAUCUCAAAAAGAAGAAAUUCCCUGAGGACGGCAGUUCACCAUAUGGUGGGAGGUAUAUAGGAUCAAUGGUAGCUGAUGUGCAUCGCACACUGGUGUAUGGAGGAAUCUUUCUGUACCCUGCUAACUCCAAAAGUCCUAAAGGAAAGCUGAGACUGCUCUACGAAUGCAAUCCUAUGGCUUUUGUUAUUGAGAAGGCUGGAGGAAUAGCAACAACAGGACAUCAAGCAAUACUAGAUAUUGUGCCUGAGGAUAUCCACCAAAGAGUGCCUGUUGUCUUGGGGUCUCCUGAUGAUGUGAAAGAGUACCUUGACAUAGUCAAAAAGCAUUCAGCUAAGUAGAGAAGUUGAUGGGACCAUACAGAUAGGAAGAAAUGCCUUAUAGCUGAACCAAAGAACACACUGUGCAAUACUGCAAGACUGAAAUGUCAGACCUCUAUAGCAGCAAAGCAAGUGAGCCAUAUUUUCAUAACAUUUUUUUUAAGGGAAAUCUUCUGUAAUCUCAUUGUGCAACAAAAGGCAUUAAAAGAUUGUAUUAAAGGGGGCAUUAAAAUUGAAAGCAAGGGGAA